AUAGUAGUAGCUUUUUUAUUGUACAGUAAACGUUCAAACAAAUUAUGUCACUUCUAUGAAUUGAGAAUAAAAGUGGUGUGGUGUGGCAUUAAUUAGUCAUGUGAUAAACUGAUUAUGGCCGCCAGCGAUUAGUAAUAGUGAGAAAGUAGUGAAAUAUUAAAACCGUCUCAAGUGGUCACAAGAUGAAAACCAGAAACGGAAACAAAAUCAAUGUCUUUAUCAGCCUUUGCGCAGUCUUAUACUAUCAUCGAAAUUUCCAAAACGCACACCAGUUCUCUUGAAUAGUCAUGCCUGCGUUAGUUUUAUUUAGGCGUUCGUGGAUGUUUGGCAGUGAUGAUUUAACAUUUCCUGCAUUUGCCGGAGUUGUUCUCCGUGGGACUUGGCUUGUCGCACUUUCAGUUGUCUUUGGUUUGUCGUACCAUGAUUUUCCUGAAUGCAACGAAGGCAAACUUGCUAAAAUUUAUUUUUAUCUAAAUAUAGCGUUACUGUCCAUUCAAUUCCUUCUCCAAAUAAUCAUUCUUAUAAUCAGUACAAGAGGGACAGUUAUGGAUCCUGAUAAACGCUCCUCAAUAACAAAAUUCAUAUAUUUGUGGUUAAUUGCACUAAUCCCUGAGAUUGUCCUCACUGCAGCUGGAACUGUAUGGAUUUUCCAUCCCGGGCCUGAAUGUGAGGAAGAUAUUGUAUGGAGUAUAAGAGCACUUAUAAUUUUUCAAUGGCUUGUCCUUUUGCUUCUUGUAAUACUCACAAUUGUAUUUUUUAAUCCACUGGGAAAAAGAAAUUCUCAUGGACAGAAAUUGUAUAGUAGAAGCUCUUCAUUUCAGCAGGCAAUCGAGAGCGAGUUUGAAAGAACGUUUUUUUGUCGCAAUCCGACUGGUAACCAACGAGAAGCAUUCACGGAAAUUGCACGUGCCUUAGCCUUAGUGUUUAAAGAUGUAGAUUUAGUGCCUUCGGACAUUGUUGCAGGUUUAAUUUUACUAAAUGGAAAGCAACAACUGGAAGCUGAAGAACAAAGCGAAGAAUCAAUAGCAUGGCUUAAUGAACACCUUGUACCAAUUGAAGAUAAGGAUACCUGGGCAAUUUAUGAUACAAGUAAAUAUUAUUUUCCUUUUGCAUUGGGAGCUUAUGGAUGUCUUUUGUACUGUUACAUGCACCUAUGCUGCGGAAUUUGUCAUUUGUGUCGAGUUUGCAAAUGUGGAUGUGCUAGACAGUUACGUAGUAUUGUUAUCGAAGGAGAUACGUGCUGUAAAUCCAACACCAGCGGUGUAAUCUCUCAGCUUUCACCAGACCACAUUAAUGUUGAACAAGUGUUCACAAGUUUUAGAAAUGAUGUCUAUCAAACUGCGUUUUGUGUUUCUAUUGAUCAUGAAAACAAGAAUGUUGUUGUGUCUGUGAGGGGAACGUUGUCUUUCAAGGAUGUUCUCACGGAUCUUACUGCUGAAACUGAAUCAUUAGAGCUUGAUAGUGACAAGGGCUGCGAGGAAAAGUGUAGGGCACAUAAGGGUAUGGUGAGAUCAGCCCAAUUUAUAUUGACGAAACUGGAGGAUGAUAGAAUUUUAGAGUCUAUCUUUCUUAGAUGUCCAGACUAUAAUUUGCUUGUUGUUGGUCAUUCACUUGGAGCUGGAACAGGAGCAAUACUUUCCAUUCUUAUGAAGAAAAAAUAUGAAUCAUUGAAGUGUUUUGCCUAUUCACCUCCACAAACUUUGAACUUGAAAGCAGCUCUACAUUGUGAAGAAUUUGUCACUUCAAUUGUUCUUGGAAAUGACAUUAUUUCAAGACUUGGCAUACACAGUAUUGAUGUUUUGAAGAACGAAAUUAUUGAUAUUCUUAAAACUUGUGAACUACCUAAGUAUCAAAUAUUGCUUGGAGGUUGCUGGAAAUAUUUUUGUGGUUGUAUUGGUAGGCAGCCAGCUAACAAUGCUGAAGAGAGAACACUUCUUUUGGGUCGUGAAAAUAAAGUUGCUUUUUACAGCAAUGUACUUGAUAGUGAAGCUUCGAUUAAUGUCAACCCAAGUAAUUCUGAGGAAAUUGAAAAACUUUAUUGUCCAGGCAGAAUACUACAAUUUGUUGAGAGAAGCUCCAAUCUCGACUUAGUCCAUGGAGACAGGGAGGCUUUUGAAAAGAUAGCAAUUGUGCCAAAUCUAAUGGCGAACCACAUGCCAGACAAUGUUAAAAAAGCUUAUGGAUUACUUAGUUCACCCAAGAUAUUAUAAUCCAUGUUAUGUAUUGUUUUUGUAUUUGUUUUUGUCCUUGAAAAGGAGAAUGUUCGUAGAAAUGAUAAAAUCAGAAUAACGUUGUUAUUGUAUAGUACAUACCUAUGUAUUUAGUAAACAAUUAUUUAGUGAAUGGAAAUUUUUAAACGUGA